GGAAACCAGGACACAGCCCCUACCAUUAGCUGGAAUGGUUCACAACUGACAUGAGCUGGUCAGAAAAUUAUGACUUGCACAAAGGUGCCUGUGGGCCUGAGGCAGUGCAGGACUGCUAUAAAAGGCAGCCCAAGUCUCUGCUCUCGCAUCCACUUCUCUCACCUCCUUCUGCUCGGGAAUCAGGUGCCCCUGUGAGCCAGAGACAUGUCGUGCUGCCAGCCCUGCAACCCUUGCUGCCAGCCCUGCGGCCCGACCCCGCUGGCCAACAGCUGCAAUGAGUGCUGUGUCAGGCAGUGCCAGAGCUCCACUGUUGCCAUCCAGCCCUCCCCCGUGGUGGUGACCCUGCCCGGGCCCAUCCUCAGCUCCUUCCCACAGAACACCGUGGUGGGAUCCUCCACCUCCGCUGCCGUUGGCAGCAUCCUCAGCUGUGACGGAGUGCCCAUCAACUCCGGGGGCUUUGACCUCUCCUGCAUCACCAACUGCUACCGUGGCAGAUGUCCCCCCUGCUAAAGCUGCUGGCAACGUCCUGGGGCAAGA